GUGCUGAAAAUAAUUACCUGUUAGCAUUUAAUUGCAAUCAAAUCAAACCGAAACAACAGCAAUCAUGGCGAAAAUGGCAUUUCAGCAUCAGGCAGGCACUGCUAUGGAGUGUUUGAGCAUUCCCAUAACACUGCACAAGGAGAAGGACUAUGAUCAGGAGGGGCGCGAGAUACUCAAGUGCGGAUUCAAAAUCGGUGGCGGCAUCGAUCAGGACUAUAAGAAGAGCCCACAGGGCUAUACGGACUACGGCAUAUACGUCACAGAGGUGCAUGAGGGAAGUCCUGCGGCACGGGCAGGACUGCGCAUCCACGACAAAAUACUCCAGUGCAAUGGCUACGACUUCACAAUGGUCACACAUAAAAAGGCCGUCAGCUACAUUCGGAAAAACCCAAUCCUUAACAUGCUGGUGGCCCGCAAGGGCGUCACCUCCACAUAAAUGAAAACAUGGAGCCGGGCCUCUAAUGUAAGCAGCAGUAUUUAAGCGGCAUAUAAACUAUCUACUUCACUGCCACUCUGUGCUAAGGAUCUCUACGCUCUUUGGAAACUAUCCGAAUACUUAGAUAUACACUAAAUAUAUACUAUCACCCUAUCCACGUAUGUAUGUACAUAUGUAUGUAUACAUACCCUAUGCAUAUCGCACAAACAUACAUACAUACUAUGUAUACCCAACCGUAAUUGUAGCAAGUAGUAAUGCUUCUUGGUAAAUUCAAUUUCUUUGCCUUGCCUUGGUUUAUGUAGCCGCAUGCCUGGGUUUUUAUGUGAUUUGUGCUGCUCAUCAGUUGCUGAUCGAAUUGCCAAUAUAUCCCAGUGUAAAGAACACAUCGCCAAAUACCGAAUACAAACUAAACAGAAGCGUGAACAUAAACAUACUCUUAGACAUGCCACCAUCAGAUUUGAUAUAAACAAUUUUGUACUUUUAUAAAUGUGCGUAGCAACAGGCGCUAUCGCUACCACAGCAUCAUUCCAAAAACUGAAACGAAACUCAAGCGCGAAACAAAGCAAAUAACUAACGCAAAGUUGUUGAAACAUACAUACAUAAAUACAUAGUACAUACUUGUGAUAAAUGCCCGUUAACUGUGCAGAGAUGUGUGUAUACAAAAUAUACAUACCAUAACUUAAGUUUUACAAUUGAGUUUUUUAAUGUUAAAUUGCAUUUGAAUAAAUGUUUGCAAGGAA